UCCAGGAAGGCUUCCUGCAGGAGCAAGAUCCCUGAGAACUGAGACCAAGAAGGGAAGGAGCAGCAUAAGCAGGACAAUGGAAGCAGAGCCAGCAAGUGUGGCAUUCAGCAGGCAGGAGCUGGGAGGAUGAAAAGAGCCCGGCUGCUUCCCCACCCAUCGGAACACCUCCAGGACAGACAGAUCUCAGGGAAGGCUGCCUCCGAAGCUUCCUAUUCUCGCCUGUCUGCCUACUGGGAGCCGUGACACCCACGGUGGGGUUAUAGGACAAAUCACAGGCUCCCAAUGCUGCCUCACCUCCAAGACCUACUCUCAUCCUGAAGACACCCUUGGACGCUGCCUGGGCCCCAGCUGAAUGAGGCUCUUGGGGAGCAGGACUCACCCGUAUUCCCCAGCAAACCCCCGGCCAUCCCCCAGGGCUGGCUGCCCGGGCAGGCGGUAGGAUGUCUGUGCCCCAGAUCCAAGUGGAAGAAGUGGGUGGCAAGGAGGGGCCCACAGGAGCAGCUGCACCCACUGAUGACCACCUCCGGAGCCUGAAGGCCCUGACAGAGAAGCUGAAGCUGGAGACGCGCAGGCCGUCCUACCAGGAAUGGCAGGCUAAGCUGGAGGAACACGCGUGGCCCUUCCCCAGGCCGGCUGUGGAGCAGGAGACCAACUUGGAGCAGGGGGAGCUGGCCCGGGAGGAGCGCCAGUCCCCACAGGCGGAGUCCAGGCAGCAGUCCACCCCCUCUGAGGGUGCGGGACAGGCUGGAGAUGUGCCCCUGGCCACCGGCAAGCUGGAAGGUUUUCAAAGUAUUGAUGAAGCCUUAGCCUGGCUCAGGAAGGAGCUGACAGAGAUGCGCCUGCAGGACCAGCAGCUGGCCAGGCAGCUCAUGCGCCUACGCGGGGACAUCAACAAACUGAAGAUUGAGCAGACCUGCCGCCUCCACCGCAGGAUGCUUAACGAUGCCACUUACGAGCUGGAGGAGCGGGAUGAGCUAGCCGACCUCUUCUGCGACUCGCCCCUGGCCUCCUCCUUCAGUCUUUCCACCCCGCUCAAGCUCAUCGGGGUCACCAAGAUGAACAUCAACUCCCGGAGGUUCUCCCUGUGCUGAGAGGCCCCGGGGAGGCGCUGGAGGAGCCAGGACACAGCGCUUGGGAGGGCGCUGAUGCUGAGGCACCCAGAGGGUCUCCCCAGAGGCCCCCUAGGCCUGCAGGAAGGUGCUUCUCCCCACCCCUCCAGAGAGCCAUGACUCGCUUUUGUUUCUGCUCUGAAGGAGGGCCAUCCCAAGCCACUGUUCCCUAACAGAUGGCGUCCCAGGGUAAUCCAACUCAGUUCCUCUCCAUGUGGCCCACAUUCUGGUCCCCUGCAAUCACUGGUGCUUUAAAUUGGGGUUCCCAAAGUAUGGGUCUGGGGGGAUCUCCCACUGGGAAAAUCAGCUGUGUUCGGAGGGCCCAUCCCAUGUGCCAUGACCGUCCUCCGAGUACCACCCUGUAGUCAUGCUCAUGGUGUGAUUUGGCAUCGUGAUGAGCCUGC